AUGGCUAGAAAGGAAAACUUCUUGGUUACAUAUGUAUACGCACUGAAUGAUGACACUGGUAGGAUCCCUCUAUGGAAUGACCUAAAAGAAAUAGCAGCUAUGAUUAAUGCCCCUUGGCUUAUUUUAAGGGACUUCAACGAUAUACUAAGUGCUGAGGAAAGAAUUGGAGGGAAACAGAGACAAGCAAGAUCAGGUGCAUUCAAGGAAUGUGUGGAAAGCUGUGGGGUGGAAGAUGUGAAAUACACAGGAUCAUUUUUCACUUGGAAUAACAAACAACCAAUAAAUACUCGGAUUUACUCCAAAAUUGACAGGGUAAUGGCAAACCAGAUCUGGUUAGACAAGUUCCCAACUGCUGAAGUAGUAUUCCUACCAGAAGGCAAUUUUGACCACUGUCCUGCGGUUUUAUCUGUGUACCCAGAUAAUACAGCAGGUAAAAAACCUUUUCGAUAUUUCAGAAUGUGGCAAAAUUUUCCAGCAUUUCAAGAGGGAUUAAAAGGAGUUUGGCAGAUCAAAGGAACAAAUGUUCCAAUUCAAGCUGCAUUGCAGCAGAAACCCUAUGAUGUUGAUCUUAUUACUAAGGAAAAAGAAGCCAGAGCACGAUACAAUGCAACACAUAAAAAUUAUAUCUCAUUUCUGCAGCAGAAAGAAAAGGUACAUUGGUUGAAGGAUGGUGAUGACAAUACCACCUUAUUCCAUAAGAGUAUUCGGAUGAGAAGGGCAGAGAAUAUGAUUUAUGCAAUUCUGGAUAUGGAUGGGUUAUUGGGAAGUAAGAUGGAAGGUAGGAAGUCAGUAAAGCCACAGUUAAUUAACAAAGAGCCAAGGGUAACAGAAGCACAUUACAGUAUACUACUCACAGAAUAUGACAAAGAAGAAGUAAAGGCAACCAUGUUCGAGAUCCCUGGAUCUAAAGCUCCGGGUCCUGAUGGUUUGAGCAACUUCUUUUUCCAAGACAAUUGGGAGGUGGUUGGAAAUGAUGUAUGUGAGGCAGUGAGAUCUUUUCUGCAUUCAGGGAAACUUCUGAAGGAAAUAAAUUCAACAACAUUGACUCUGAUUCCCAAAGAUGAUGUAUUGGUUUUCUGCCAUGGAGACUAUAAAUCAAUAUAUCUCAUGCUUCAGGGUCUUAAGUUGUUCUCCCAAACUUCUGGACUACAUCCGAAUGAAGCAAAAACAACCAUAUAUUGCAGUAAUAUGGAAGAAUCAGAGAUGCAUAGGGUCACAAGAGCUUCAGAUUUCACUAGAAGCAAGAUUCCAUUUCGUUAUCUAGGGAUUCCUAUAUGUCCAACAAGAAUUACAACAAUUGAAUGUGAUCUUCUAGUGGAGAAGAUGGUAUUGAUUCUACCUCAAAAAGUAUUACAACAAAUUACUUCAAUCUGUAGGAAUUUCUUAUGGAAAGGAUUGGCUAAGUUUAGAAGUUCAGGACAUGUAUCAUGGGAUGAUAUGUGUAAAGCUAAGACAAAAGGAGAAUUGGGAUUCAGAAGGAUAAAUGAAUGGAAUAUAGCAGCAAUGAGAAAAUAUGUGUGGGCAGUGGCAAUAAAGAAAGACUCUUUAUGGGUCCGAUGGAUUCAUGCAGUAUACAUUAAGGAUGCAGAUUGGUGGGCUUAUACAGCCCCAAAUACAAGUAGUUGGUACUGGAAAUAG